GAAGCACGUGCCUCAGAUGACAGGAGGUCCUGUGAAGGAUGGUCACGAUGACUACAGACGCGGCCUGGCCGCUGGUCCUCCAGGACCUGGAGUGCCUGGUGGCGGUGGCAAUGGCCGCGGUGCUCGCUAUUAUCUUAGACCCGAGUACCAGAUUCAAGCCCCCCGACAUCACGACCCCACCCCCAGACAUGACUACCCUACCCCCAGAGACUACCUCCCGCCUGAGAAACUCGACGAUAUCUACAACCGUCACAAGGAAGAUUUCUUCGGGCAACACCGCAUCAAAGAGCGCGACGAUCUUCCUCCGCCUGCGGGUUAUGGUGGUCCUCCAAGUCCCGAUGAUCCCUUCGCGCGGCCCCGGCCGCAGAGGCCUCCCACUGACCGCUACCCUAGAAUGCCCCAGGAGUACGGCCCGGCUGUUCCCCCUGAGUAUCCCCCCAUGUAUACGCCCCCCACUACGGUUGCUGGUCCCGGACAAGAACGCGUUUCCAGAUUGCUCGAACUUUAUGGUACGUUGGACGGACGUGGUGCCGUGCCUGCGAGAUCUCAUUCCGACUUGUACGGAUCAUUGGACGGUCGCGGAUCCCGCCUCUCUGACAUUUUUCCGACGAGCGAGGCCGCCCGCUUACGACAAACGGCCGAGUUCCGCAACAAUGACGAGACGCGUUCGCUCUCGGGUCGCGAUUGCAGCAAUCUCGCCGAAAUGUAUCGCAGACGUGAGCUACCUCCCGCCCCUCCCGAGUAUCGCCUGCACGACUACCGCUCGCCGCCCCGACACGACUUUAGGAACCAACAGAAGCCGCCCAUCGAUCAAGACGUUAUUGAAAAUCCAAUGUACGAAGUGGAUCGUCGGGCCACUCCUCGAACCCCCGGACCUCGGACUCCUACCCCGAACCCUCCGACGCCAUCGCACCCGCAGCACAUGGCGCCCCACCUUCACCACCACCUGGGCCGUACCUCGCCCCGGCCUGUGCAGGAGGUGCGCUACACGCAGGCCAUCGCCAAGCAGGAGGAUGCCAUCAGGGCCAACUACGUCUUGUUCGGCGAACCAAGACGCAUCGUACCCGUGGGAGGUCGACCAGACGGGCAGCGCGCGAACAGCACUCCAAAUGCUGCUCUUGGGAGUAACCUUGCUGCUGCUGCUGCUGCCGCUGCUUCUCGACAGCAGCAGCAGCAACAACAACAGCACAUGCUUCAGCAGCAACAGCAACAACAGGUUUCUCUGCAGCCUCCUCCAUCUCAGCAACAGCACGGUGGCCAUCCGAUGGGUGGGGUUCCUCCUUCUCACGUUUACCAGCAAGCUGCUGGCCACCCGAGUAUGUCUUCGCACGGCAGUGGCGGUCCUUCAGCGACCAGUUCUUCUAUGGUGCCGUCGCACCUACAACCACCCACAUCCCAGCACCAGCAGCCCCAAUCUCUACCAACAGUGCAGCAACCCCAGCAGCAAUCCCAACAACAACAACAACAGCAGCAGCAACAACAACAUUCGGUGCCCCCUAACACCAAUACCCUCGGGCACCACUCACACCCGAGCAACAGUUCCGCCACUCCUGCGCACUCCUAUGCUGCCGCCACCAGCAGACAAGCUGGUUCCUCCGCACCUCCCAUGACCCUGGCUGGCAGGAUGUCAUCUAACAACACCGUUUCUUCCAAUAAUUCAAUGUCCACCUCCUGUCCCCCUUCUGCUUCCAAUGUUGGCGGACUUACUAACCAAAACGGAAAGCCUCGCUACGCCCCCAACUCCACGCAAUCCCGCAAAGAACAAGUUAGAGAGUUCGUGAAGAAGGAGACCCGGGAGUUCUUUGGCCUGGACGAGGGCUCGGAGGAGAGCCAGCGUCAGCGGUGGGAGGAGAAGCGGCGGCGGCUGGCGUCUCGCAAGUACGGACAGCUCAAGGAGAACUCGACUUCGCUGUCCGCUUCCCUGUCCGCGUCCGCCGCUGCCGGCUUCGGCGUCGGUGUUGGUGGCAGAUGCGCCGCGUCCUCCGCCACCGUGGCCGUGGGAGGCGCCAACAGUAACGCGGCAGGCGGCUACCACAACCACCACCAUCACCACCACGGCCACUACGCUGGAAACUCCUUCAAUAAUGACUUCCAUUCACUGAGAGACCUUCCCGAGAGCGUGUGGCGCGAGAGUGGCGACUAUGGCGUGUGGCCCAAGCCACCGCCACAUCGCGGCAAGGACUCAGUGGCUAAGAUGACAUGGGAUGGCAUUUCCUAUAUUGUGGCGACGGUGUCAAAGCGCCGUGCCAAGAGCCAGGCCUCCGGCACCCCGGGCGGGCAGUCGAAGAGCCGCAGCUAUGCGCCCACCAGCGUGCACUCACUGGACAGCCUCGCCACAGACCGCCUCAUCUCGCACUCCGACUCCUCGCCAGCCUCCUCCUCCUCUUCUGCCUCGACCCAGCCCACUGACCAGUACACUGCCGAACUGCUGCAAGAGGAGGUUUUCUUUGACGGGAAAGUCGCCAGCACUCCAGAGGGCGACGCCGCUAACGAUAGCAACAAAGAAGGUGGUAACUCCGGCAAGUCUCACUACCACCCGACACUGAACCAGCACGAGUGGUACCGGCCCUCCACGGCGGCCACCUCGACCACCACUCCUGGCAGCCUCUCGUCCGCUGCUGAUGGCCUCGAUGUCGGCAUGGCGUCCUCCAGUGGCCGGCUGGAGGCGCGUGUGGGCAGAUCACGCAUCUGGAAGCGCAUCCUCGACCACUGCUUCGACAACUCAGACCGUCGUCAGUACGGCAUGGGCGUCUCAGGCCGCCUCUUCGGCCGCUCCUUCAGACACAUGAGAAACAGAGGCAGCCUGCACAGACACGAUGUUAACCAGGUGAAGCACCAGCUGGACGAGAUGGAAGACUACAGACCUUACUUCACGUGGUGGGUGAGUUUCGUGCAGGUUGCCGUGUUCCUGCUGUCCAUCCUCUGCUAUGGCAUCGCCCCGUACGGCGUCAGCGUCAAGCAGCAGAGCGGGCAGGUGCUGAUGGCAAGCUUGUCUAUCCAGACUGUCGCCUAUUGGGAGCCAGAGAACUUCUGGUGGGGGCCGAGAGCGGCCGAUCUGAUCCAUCUGGGCGCAAAGUUUGCGCCGUGCAUGCGUAAGGACGAGAAAAUUUUCCGCGACAUCGAAGAGCAGAGGAGGUCGGAGCGCGAGACUGGCUGUUGCAUCAGGAACGACGACUCGGGCUGCGUCCAGUCUUCCAGGAGGGAGUGUUCGCCUUCCGGGAAUGGAGUGGAAGCUGAAUCGACACGCGUGUCCGUGUGGAAGAAAUGGAGCGAGCUCGCCAAAGGCCCCAACGGCCGUCUCUCAGGCUCUGUGUGUGGCCAGGACCCUGACUACUGCAAAGAACCAGCGUCGGUGCCGCCGCACGAAUGGCCUGACGACAUCACGCGCUGGCCGAUCUGCCGUAAGCGCACUUCUAUCCAAGCGGUGCGCAAGUUCCACGCGGCCGAGCACAUGGCGUGCGAGGUGAUAGGCCACCCUUGCUGCAUCGGCAUUCAUGGCGAGUGUCGCAUCAGCACGCGCGAGUACUGCAACUUCGUCAGGGGAUAUUUCCACGAGGAAGCCACGCUCUGUUCCCAGGUGUCUUGCAUGAACAACGUGUGCGGUAUGGUACCUUUUCACAGUCCCGAUCAUCCAGAUCAAUUCUACAGACUCUGGACUUCGCUUUUUAUACACGCCGGAGUGUUCCACCUCGCCAUCACCUUAUUUCUUCAAUUUUUCUGCAUGAGAGACCUGGAGAAGCUCGCUGGUCCAGUGCGUAUCGGCCUGAUUUACAUCAUCUCGGGCAUCGCUGGUAAUUUAGCUUCAGCUAUUUUCGUGCCCUAUAGAGCAGAAGUAGGACCGUCUGGAUCCCAGUUCGGGCUUCUUGCUUGUCUUUUCGUCGAAGUAAUCAAUUGUUGGCCGCUCAUAAGACAUCCUUGGUCGGCCUUGGGACGGCUUGUGGGCUUGACAGGAGCCCUCUUCCUCAUAGGACUACUGCCGUGGGUAGACAACUACGCACACAUCUUCGGUUUCAUCUUCGGCUUCCUGUUGUCGUACGCGCUUCUGCCGUUCGUAUCGUUCGGUCCCUACGACAGGCGGCGUAAAGUGCUCCUAAUCUGGGUCUGCCUGUUAGCUGUGCUCGUUAUGCUAAGCGCCCUCAUCAUAUUGUUUUACGUUACACCAAUUUACGAGUGUAAAAUAUGUGAAUAUCUCAACUGCAUACCCUUAACCUCUGAACUGUGCGCUGAGCAAAACAUCAACUUCAAUAGAAAGCACCAUAACUUGAUAUGAAACGAGAACGACCCGUUCAUUUUUCUCUUACCUUUAGAUUACCGUAAAUAGGUUGUGGCUACCACUUUUCAGGCCUAGAAUAUUGCAAUUUUGAGCUUUAAUUUAACGGCAAUCUCUAUUACGUGGCUGUCGGAUGAAUGAAAGCAUUAUUGCAUGCGAAUGAUCUUUAUUAAUUGUGAAUGAUAUGCAGUUCUGACGCAAAACAUCAGGAAAUAACCGAAGUAAUUUAUUCUAAAACAGCUCCAUUCGCUCAGCACGAGCUCGAAUAUCUCAUAGGCUUGAUCAAAUGGUAGCGUCAACGUGUUUGGGGUGUAGGUAUCGCAUUGUACAACUUUAUCAAUUUAGUCUGUGUAAAGUAUCUUCCACUAAGAAACAAAAUUGUUUAGUGUAAACAAAAUUUUAUUGAAUGGGAAAAGGUAAUAAAGAAGAAUUCUAGUUCAUUCUCCAGAGCAAGAUUCGAUUGUAAUAAAUUUUCCACUAGAUCAUCCAUCACACUGUUCUUGCCAAUAGUUGAAAUGUUGAAUCCUGUACUGAAUAAUUAUAAAUUCCACAUAAUGAUCUUAAUAAUACGAUCUUGGGUUUAAUCUCAUUAAUAAUAAUCACCGGAGCUUUAAAAUAUUGGGAAGAUACUUUGCUGCAUGCAAGUGAUAAGAUCGUCGCCUUUUGUGUGAAAAGAGACCUUAACUAAUAUUAUACAUGCUCAAUAAAUACUUCACACGGCUGCUUUUAUCUCAUAGUCGUCAGGGAUUUUCUGAACUGUUGUUUGGAGGGGAGAAAUGAACAUAAAUUGCUGUCAAGUUGUGCGCAUUGCGGAGAAAAAGUUUCAAGUUGACGUAUUUCGUUAUCAAAGUUGAUCGGUCGGCAUUUGGAAUGUUUUUGUGUUUCGAAUUUCGGUGUGAAGGAAUUUGCGAUUUUUAAAAUAAAUACAAUAAGAAAAUUUAUUUCAAUAUUAAUUUUUUAUGUAUUUCUGAACGGUGGCAUUAUCAAAAGGGCAUCGAAUACAACUCUUUCAAUAAAAAAUCUUGAACUAACCACAGAGUUCCUGAAGAAAGUGAUUAUCUCAAUUCAUUACAUUAAAUGAGUGUAAUGGUUUCUCCGCCAGAGGCAAAUAAUUUAAUUGCGUUGAAGUAAUCAGUGUGAAAAGAAUGCGAACGUCUUGAUGUGGAGGUGAUGUGUAGACGUCUAUUGAAGUUGAUGUCCUGCCCUCAGGGCCAGGUAUACCUUUUUGUGUGUAGCGUUCCAUUGUUCCAUGCAUCAUCGUGACGUCUCAUCAGACAAAUCCUGAACUUGCAUCAGAAUAUAUCAGGUGAAUCAACGACUCAAUAUUCCCGAUCCUAAAACUUGACUUCCCUAAAGAUGUUACGAGAUACCGAAUGACUUGUGUUUUAUAUUUAUGAACUCUUUGCUUUGAUUUAAUUCGACUAAUUUGCAUUUCAAGUUCUACUUUCAUUCCUAUUUAUCUACUUUGUAAUGAAUUUCUUUCUUUCGAUUAAUGUAACUUUGUUGUAGUCAUGUACUUGAUUGAAGCUCAUUCCAUCGAAUGCCGUUUCAUUGAGACACUUAUUCUUUCUAAUUCAUCUAGUGAGCCAAAACAUUUUUUCAAACAAAGGUUCCACUAUGAUAUAUACAGGAUAAGCAAUUUUCUUUAAGGUCAUUGCAUCCUGUGUGCUCAUAUAUGGAAGAAAUAAUUAAAUUGCUUCACUAUACUUGUACGGUAGCGGUAACUAGCUAGGUGCAAGGCCUGAUUCUAACUAAGUUGGCAGAUUCCUGCUGACCAUAUUUGCACUCAGUUUUCAGCAGGAAUAUAUCUCAACCAAACAUCGAGUGCACAAACCAUAAAACAAGUAAAUUUUGGAGAUGUUUGUUAAAAACUAGCCGAAUUAUCUCACGCCAUUGGUUCCAUGUUUGAAGCUCAAAUGUUAAUGUAAUUAAUUUUUAAUGUCUUAUUAUGCAUAUAACAUUUUUUGUUAGUAUGAAUUAUUUUAAGUUGAGCUGCUUUCUAUGUUUUUAGUGAAACGAAAAGUUGACAUGUUGAGUUGACCGCAAAUGUCUUUUAAAUACCUACUAAAACGUGACGUUUCUCGAAAUGAAAGGUUGUGCAAUCGCUUUAUUUAUUUUAAUGUUUACCAAACGAGUCGCCUGUGUUUUGUAGCGCAAUAAGAAUUUGAUGUUAUGUUUUCGGUUAGAAAUGCAAUGCAAAGUUAAAAGGUAUAAGUAAAGUCGAGUUUAAAGUGGUUGUCAAGAUGAGACUUGCCGUGUUAAACUAGUAAAUUGACAAACCAAGUUUGUAUCAUCAUAGUUAAUUGUUUUUUAAGAUACUUUGAACUCAAUUUCUUUAGAAAUUGAACCAAAUUUCGAAAUUAUCUCAAUAUUUCCUCAUCGGUUUAAGCUCGAUGAAAGAACCAUCCAAAAUUCCUCAAUCGUUCCCUUUUUUUUUUUUGAGGCUAAGUUUCUAACUGUUCUUGCAGUUAUUUGUCAUCUUUGAUUUUCAAGUGACGGAAUUUCUUAUGGACAAGAAUCUCACUGCAUUAGCUCUUCCAUUUCAACUCCGAAGCAACUUUUAUUUUUUCGGAGGAGUCGAUGGCUCAGGAGCGGUCAGGUAACUCAUCUUCCAUGGCUUCGAGAAAAUAUUGAUAUUCGACCUCCCUGUCACAAAAUAUGUCUGUAUGUGUAUGUAAAGUUCAUCUUCGUAUAGUGUUCAUCCCACUCACCGAAUCAUUCAACUUAUAUGAAACUUGUAUGUAUUUAAUCUAGUGUAAAUAACGUAAGUUAGUCACUUGGUUGGUCCGAUGUUUUUUGAUAACCUAUUAAUAUUAUCAUCACUAUUAUUAAUACUAUUAUUUGGCAGUAAGAAGCGUGUCGGUGUGAUCCUCUUAGCUUACGCGUAUUGCGAAGUGAACUAAAAUAAGCUGUAGGGUAAACCAAUCGUCGCCCUAGUCCCCUUAUUCUUCCUCAAUAAACGUAGCAUCUCAACUGACACUUGAUCUCUCAGAAUCACCGCCAUAUCCUUCUCAUUCUGCGUUCCACCGCCUCACUUUUUCUUUUGUCUACUUUCGCCCUUAAAUUAUUUUAUGUAGAAAAUACUCGUACGAUUCAUGAAUGUUAAUUUUUUCAUAGUUGUAGCAUCCCUGUACGAUUUUGUACUUGCAUAGUGUCUUUCCCAAAUGGAAGGAAGGACAGAGCGGUAAAGUUCGUGUCUUUUGUGGCAUCUAGCCAUGGCAAAACAUAGCGAUUCCGAGAUUAAAAUUUAGCGAGUACUCAGAAAACAUCUCCUAAAAUCCCUAUACCGAAAAUACUCUAAAUUUGUAAUUAAUUUUUUACUAGUUUGUUUCGCCCACGUUCUCAAGGGGGAACGUAUGAGAAACAAUGAAAUUAUUUUUGCUGUACGUUGUGCUCAAUAUACUUGGUGUACAUGUUUGUUUGCGCUUAUAAAGAAGAAGCUUUUUUAUGUGCUACAUCACUGAUCAUUGAUUAAUUCGGCAAUCGGUAUCCUCGAGAUUUAUUCUAACAGUAAAACAAACAUACCUGACCCGUUGACAAUAUUUAGUGUCACACGAAACUGUAGAACUCGCAGCCAACUCUACCUAAAUAUUCAAUUUAUUACUUUCAACAUUUUUUCAUUCAUUUAAGAUUUAUGAAAAAUUGGACUUGAUUGUUAAGGCAGGCAACCUCUACGAUCAAUGAUGAACUGUGAGGCGGAGAAAUGGCGACACUUCAUUGAACAUUGGCUGAUUAAUCUGUAGUGGCCGUCUCGUGUAGCAUUACCAGAGUUUGGCAAAAUCUGUAAUUUUAUAUAAGCUUUGUUGAAAAGUACGUUUUUUGAACAAUUUCCUCAUUGUUUUUUGAACUUUAAAAUUAAACUCGGUAAAAAAUAAAAGUGUUGAUACAAUAUACUCUCAAGUCUACAUAACUUGCAUUAGAAUUCGCGAACCGAUAUUACUUUGUUAAUGAAAGUGUUUCAGUAGCAGUGUUCCAAAGUAUAGAAGUUGAAGUUUGUUAUUCCAUAAAAGUUUUACCGGCAGUUGUGGUUCCUUGAAACGAUCGUCUUUCAAUAUACAGAAGCAUUCAUCGAUACCCACUGCACUCUCACGUUUCCAUAGAGGUAAUACCACGUUUUCAUUUAUAUAAUACUAUUAUUACUUUCAAUCAGUUAUCGUGAUAAUUAAAUGACAAGCUCAAUGAAGAUGAUUAAAUGAGAUUAGAGUUGCGAUAAAACUUCUUUUCUGUCUGUUCUCGUUGGGAAGAACUAUUUAUCCUGCAAAUCGCAUUCCACAGCCUGCAUGCAAUUCGCCCGUUAUUUAGAAUUAAUAAAAUAUGAUGUAAGGGAAAUAUCUCCUGAGAUUUUUCCUCGACGAAGUUUCCAUGAAUUUUGAAACUCUUGGGAUUUUCUGGCCUCUAGUCGCUUCUAGGUGCCGUUAGAAUAAAUUUGUGCCAAUUCGAUCUCAUAAGUACUUGCUUGCCCAUUGCAAUUGAUACAUUUCACGAAAUCAUUUUAUUUGUGAAGCCUAAACUCGCUGUUGCUGUAGAGUUGAAUUUUCGCGUACAGUAUUAAGACCGGAAUAAUUACAAGAGCGUUCCGCACUGGGUAGGACCCUUAGAAAGUUACGUACGCUCAUUCAAAUACUGCCAGUCUGACGGUCGAAAAAAGUGAUGAACGUUAUCGUGAAUGCGUUAUGCUAUUUUGAAAAUCCUUCACUUUUAUUGAAGUUGAUACGAUCAAAGAAAAUAAUUUUGAUUAAUGUCCUGAAUCAUUUACGCUGUUACAUUCAGAUUCAUACGAUUGCAGAAAAAAAAAUUCUUCCAAUACGAUUCAAAUUCAAUGAUAGAUCGAAGCACAAUAAUCAGUGCUUCAAGUAAUUUCUUUUCUUACAUUUCGAAAAUAAAAAUCUUUUUAAACAUCUUGUAUCAUCUAUCAAAUCGCGUUAAUAUAAAUAAAUAGUGCUAGAAUUCGUUAUGAAAAUGCUACAUUUCAGCACCAUUAAAUAUGACGAGGAAAGAUAGGCGGGCAUGAAGCCACAUAUUGAGUGAUUCUCUUUCCGAAUUAAAGUUGAACGAUUUCCUCGGAUAGCAUCUUAUACAACUAGCCUAUGCAAGCGCACUGUUAAUAUUCGAAAAGUUGAGUAGCAGUUGAGCAUCAAAGUAGCACAAAUUAUAUCAUCACAAACUUUCAAAUUAUCAUUCGUAGCUCCAAAUUCUUCAAGCGAUUCUCAAUCUCUAUUCAAUAAAUAUCCAUUAAAUGGACGGUUUAUCAUCAAAGUGUGUUACGACAAACUUGAAAUUUGUAGCGCUCGUCGAACGAAACCACCAACUUUCAUAAAUUUCAUGUCAACAGCGGAUCUCGGUAAACUAUACGUAUUAUUAAGGUGGAAAUUUUAAACCUUUACCUACAUUCCAUUUGUGAGGCGGUUAUAUGUUCGUUCAUUUGUUGUAUAAAGAAGGCAUGAGUGACAUGAUUUUUGUAAUGAACCAAUUACCGAUGAUAUUUAACAUGUAUAGAAAUAAAUACUGUGAAAAUCCCCGACAUAGAUUUUUAUGAAAACGGGGGUCGAACAUUUGUGUACUAAUAAAUCAUGGAAUGAUA